ACGGUCCGAAAAAGAGAAAAUAUCCAGUGAGCAGCAGUUGUGUGGAAGAAAAUGCCUUGUUGAUGUGAGGGGUCAGAGGAGAAUGGGCAGACUGGUUCGAGAUGAUAGAAAGGCAACAGUAACUUGAAUACCCAACCAAAAUCUUGGAGUAAUGUUUCCAACACCUUGUUGAAAGUCUGCCACAAAGAAUUAAGGCAGUUCUGAAGGCAAAAGGGGGUCCAAUGUUUUACUACUACUAGGUGUACCUAAUAAAGUGGCCUGUGUGUGUGUGUGUGCGCGCACAUAUAAAUUUCCAUUAUGUGAGAGAGUGUAACUGUGAAGGUGUAAUAGCCAUUACUGUGUAUUGAAUUUUUCCUUCAUUUCUUUACAAAGUGAACUGAUUUAGUCAGUAUUUGCAUGUUGCUGUUCUGUGCGUUCAUUCAUAAGUACAAAGUGUUUAAGUGAUGAUGCUGUUCUAGGAUCCUUCAGCCCACAAUGUGCUCAUUCCUGUUAUUCCUGUUACUAACAACAGGGUCCUAAAUCAGCACUCGUGCUCAGGCAUUUUGUACAUCUGCUCUCUUCAGCUUCUAAACUAGCACAUGUUAGAGUAUGAGAAAACUCCAAAGCAGUGCUUAACACAAGCCUGUCCAAAACGGGACCACUAACAGUAUCAGAGGGCAUUAUCCAGACUAAACAGGAAACUACACAGAAAAACUGGAUCAACUGUAUGAUAAUAAAAGCUAUUUGAAAUGAUUUUGUGGCUGUACAUAUGUAAUAUUUCAUGUUUCUAUACAUUUACAAAAAGCAAUUAAUAUAUGGUGUUAUAUAAAUGAAAAGGAACACCCACUGCUAUCAUUGGAACACUGUUGAAAACUAUGUAGAUACACAAAAAUGUAUACAUUUCAUCAUGAAGUGAAAUGUGGAUGAAGCUCUAAACUCUUUGUUUUCCUAAAAUGUUUAACUGAACAAGACUUCAUUGCUUCAGAUACGCUUCAUCUUCUUUUUGGCUUAUAUAACUUGGCAGAUAUUGCACUCCAGAUGGUCAGAGACAGUAAGUAAGAUUGCUGGAGGGUUUCAGACUCUCAGGCCCACAGGCUGUUGAUGUUUAAAACUGGAGAGGGAAGUGCUUUUAGUCUGCAGUUAAUCAGCAGAAUCAAGGCAACAUGGAGAAAAUCUACGUAAACAUACAUUGGAGUGUUUUCCCAUGAACAUCAGUUAAGAGUAGCAUUUUAAAUCAACACCAGAAGCAAGAAUGUAGAGAUAUAAUCAUUAUUUCUUAACCUUUCCAAAAGUCAGAUUUCAGGUGGAAUUCCAUUAAGAAACUGACCUAUUAUAAUAUGAAUUUAUUAGUAUUUACUUUUUUUCAAUUUACUUACCUGAUCUUCUGUCUCAAAGCCACUGGGUUACAGCUGUGGCCUUUCAACAAAAGUUGCUCCCAAAGACCACAUUUACCCCAACAACUAUCCAAACACACCGUAGCUGCCUUACUAUUUUAUUUUCUCAUAUGCCUCUAAAAUUGCAUACAUAUUGAAAAAUAUUGAUAAAAUGGGACAGGCAUUUGCGCAAGACUUUCACUGUAUUAGAAAUAUGAACCAUUUACUACUAUAAAUGAUUUUGAAUGAACUAAUUGAUGGUGCUGUUGUUCUGAAAGUGCUUUAUUUAAUGAAUAACCAGCCUGUGCGAGGACUGCUCUGGAUUUUCUGUUGCAUCUUUAGGAUUUUUGAUUGUAAGUGCGGAACAUAAAGGCCUACAGUCUCAGACUACAGUCAUAUCCCAUAUGUCACGUUUGAGAAAUUACAGAAAUGAUCAGUUAUCACAAGCGAGCUAAAGGUUAACGCUAUGUGUGCACAUGCUAAAAUGAAAUUACAGUAUGUAUUCUGUACAGUAGCUACACUUAAUCAGGUAGCUUCUGUCUUGGGUCUGAAAAAAAAAAAAAGAAACAGAAAAGAAUCUUCAGGUCACCCAGAUCUAAAUGCUGGGUUGUAUAACCUGCUGUGUUGAAUUUCCAAGUCAGAAAUCAGAAACUAACAAUUUACUUGAUUGCUGCUGUCUGACCUGCUUCACCUGCUGUUUAACACCACAUCAUCAUUUAAAAAAAAAGAUGCACUUAGGAAAAAAUACAAAGUAUGACACAUUUAGAGUAUUAAUGUUCAUUACUGUGACUCAAAUGAGACAAUACUUGACAAACCAACACACAUUUAACACUUCCAUUUAUGCCCUGCACUACACUGGCCUUUCCUGUCAUUACAAACGGACGACACUCCUGAGGCAAAGUCUGCUCAGUGCACCCUGGGAUCUUAUUUUUCUGCGUUCUGCUCCGUCACCCUCUCCCUGCUGGAUGAGCGCUGAAUUAUAUAAGCAGAUCUUAAUCAUGACAUUAAAUGAUCAGCCCUCCCACUACACUGGCCUGUUUAUCUGAACCACAACAUCCUCAGGCGACUUACGAGGCUUCAUCAAAAUGGCAAGGCAUUCAUUAUGUGGUUAAUUCUAUGCUUGGCCGUGCCUGUUAGUUUGACUGCCAGCCUUGGGGCACUGUGUGUAUUCAGCCCUGCUGUGAAGGGCUCAAAAUACAGCUCCUCUGCUGGGACACUGCGAAGUGCUGAGCUUUACUGAUGAGCGCUAUCAGACGGGAUGAUGACAUCAGCCUCGGUUCCACUGCUUCUCUCAGCGUGUUUGUGCAUCUCAGGACUGCCCGUGGUGAUGGACAACCUCGAGCUUCUAGCAGACUUGGCACUGAGGGCCUCUGUUACUCAAAUAAAUGAUCGCUCUCCCUCCUUCAGCCUGUACAGGGCAACCAACCAGUCCGUUAAACAGGUCAAGCUGGUGGGCUUCAAUACUUACGAGUUUAUUCUUAACUUUGGCCUAAGAGAGACAGUCUGUCUCAAACACCAGCCAGGGUUCCCAGACAGGUGUCCAUUCAGCCUGAAACUGUUCAGAUCUGUUCAGUGCUCCAGUUAUGUCCGUGUGUCUGGUGACUUCAUUUCUCUGCUGGACCUCAGUUGCGGACCGAGGGCGUUGAGCUCGAGCUCAGAGUCCAGCAGUGAGGAGAGGAUCCCACAGAAAGCACAAAUGGACAGGCAGAGGGUCUACACACUAGGAGCCAUCAUCUGCCAACACAUUCUAAGCUGGGGCUGUGAUUAGAGAGAACUCUCUGAAAUUAAAGUAAAACAUAUAACCAGAGCACUCACUGAGUUCAACAUGUGCUCAUGAAUUCAGUGACAAGUUUUUUUGUUUUUUUUUAAACUAAGGCAAGAAAUAUGAGAAUUAGUUUUUUUUCUGAAGAUUCAGUGCUAGAAAAUGUGGUUUUCAUUGUUCUUCAAUUUAGUGAUAAGAAGGUUUUUUUGGAAAUUCAGACAUAAUAGAAGGCUACACACAAAGGAAGCUAAGCCUUAGAUAAUGUAUUUAAAAAGGUUAAAACUUAAGAAAACAUCAACAGCUUUCAGUAUUUGCAGGAUGACACUACAUGUUUACAAUUUAAUGGCAGUGUAUUGACAUAAGGGCCCUUAUACUAAAGAGAGUAAGAGAGCAUGUAAGACAGAGGCCUAGUUAACAACACCAUCCGUCCAUUAAGUAGAAGCUUUUGAAGCCAUCAGAGACACUUGCCCUCAUACAAUACUUCACAAAAUAUGUCAUGUUGUGAAUAGUGUCAUAAGCUCUCAACAAAUACCUACGUACUGGUGUUUACUGGCACAAUGUUUAUGUAGAUAGAAAUGAAAAAAAUACAGAGCAAUACAGACAGAACAGCCACCUAAUUCAGUGCCUCACAGUCUUAAUGUCACUCACUGUACUACUUAGUUUUUUUUUUCUACAAGCCAUUUUUUUUACAUUUGUAAUAAUAACUUGUUUCAUGCUGGGAUGAAAAAUGAAAUUAAAAAUGUAUUUCCUGAGCAACUAAAGAAUAAAAGCGUUUAAAAUUGAAAAA